AUGUCCUGGAAGCUCACUAAAAAGUUGAAGGAGACGCACCUGGCACCCUUGACCUCAUCAUUUGGCCGGUCGUCAUCUACUUCGACGAUCAAGGGUGACUCAAACGGUGAUGAGGCUCUGACACCUGUGGCCUCCAACCCGCCCAGCAUUGCCUCCGCCACCCCCUCAACAAAUGGCAUCGCGGCCUCCGAGUCUCUUGUCUCUCCCCCUGUGGCCACUGUGAACCCCGGCAUCCUUAUUGUUACUCUCCACGAAGGACGCAAUUUUUCGCUGUCACCUCACUUCCAACAAAUCUUCAAUUCGCAUUUCCAAAAUAACUCUUACGCGCCCUCUUCCCUACGCCCAAGUACGUCUUCGUCGUCACAUUCAUCUCAAAAUCAAGCGGGUUCAUUCGUGCCGUCCGGCCGACCGCAGUCCACAAGCGGGGGAAUAAAUGCCGCCCCCACUAUCCACGGUCGCUAUUCCACCAAAUACCUUCCGUAUGCCCUCCUUGAUUUCGAAAAGAACCAGGUCUUUGUGGAUGCUGUUUCGGGAACUCCAGAGAGCCCAUUGUGGGCUGGGGACAACACAGCCUUCAAGUUUGAUGUGUCCCGGAAGACCGAGUUGAGUGUACAGCUGUAUCUGCGCAACCCUGCCGCCCGGCCUGGUGCUGGACGGACACCCCAGGACUCAUAUGUCGACGGCCCCGUCCUCUCGCAAACCAUGCAGCAACAGUUCGAAGGAUGGUCGUACAACCGACCCGUGGCUGGCCUCGGUGAUGCAGGCGGCAGUGUCAAAGACCCAUCCUUCGGUAGCAUCCCGGAGUAG